AAUCAUGAAAUUCAUUGCAGCUAGCAUAGCUUCCUCUAUAUAUACACAAGUUAUCCAGAAGCCCAAACCAAGCCAUCUCGAUCUCUAUCGUUCUUCCUCCCAUAUGGCUUACAAAAAUGGGCUGCAAAUUCUCUCCCUCGUCGCCCUUUUAUGCGUCUCGUUUUGUGCGAUUGAAGCAGCGCGCACGCCGUUCGCAUGCGACCCGAAAAACGGGCUGACGAGGAGCCUGAAGUUUUGUAGGACGUCGGUGCCUAUACAUGUGAGGGUGAGCGACUUGAUCGGACGGUUGACGCUUCAGGAGAAGAUUAGGCUGCUUGUGAACAAUGCCAUCGCUCUGCCUAGGCUCGGCAUCCAGCGCUACGAGUGGUGGUCUGAGGCUCUUCAUGGGGUCUCCAAUACUGGCCCCGGUGUUGUCUUUGGUGGCGCCUUCCCUGGGGCCACUAGCUUCCCGGAAGUCAUCACCACCGCUGCUUCCUUCAAUGAGUCACUUUGGGAGGAAAUCGGACGGGUGGUGUCAGAUGAAGCGAGAGCAAUAUACAAUGGAGGAACAGCUGGUUUGACAUAUUGGAGCCCUAACGUUAACAUACUCCGAGACCCUCGAUGGGGUAGGGCACAAGAGACACCGGGCGAAGACCCGACUUUAGUCGCAAAAUAUGCUGUCAGAUAUGUCAGAGGACUCCAAGGUAAUGGAAAUGGAAACCGGCUUAAAGUUGCUGCAUGUUGCAAACACUACAGUGCCUACGAUCUUGAUAAUUGGAAUGGGAUCGACCGCUUCCAUUUCAAUGCCAAGGUGAGCAAGCAGGACUUGCAGGAGACUUAUAACGUGCCAUUCAAGGCAUGUGUGGUGGAAGGGAAUGUUGCCAGUGUAAUGUGCUCAUACAAUCAGGUCAACGGAAAGCCCACUUGUGCUGAUCCUGAUCUGCUUAAGAAAACAGUCCGUGGAAAUUGGGGCCUAAAUGGCUACAUCGUGUCGGACUGUGAUUCUGUAGAUAUUCUAUAUAGCAGCCAACAUUACACGGCCACACCAGAAGAAGCAGCUGCAGAUUCAAUCAAAGCAGGCUUGGAUUUGAACUGUGGACCCUUCUUGGCUUUGCACACAGAGCAGGCCAUAACAAGAGGCCUGCUGAGUGAGGUUGACGUUAACAAUGCCUUAGCAAACACAAUUACGGUCCAGAUGAGGCUCGGAAUGUUUGACGGCGAGCCAUCAGCCCACCCGUUUGGCAACCUCGGUAUAGGGGACGUUUGCACCCCAGCCCACCAAGAGCUAGCCCUUGAGGCCGCCAGACAGGGCAUCGUGCUGCUUAAAAAUCAAGCCUCGUCGCUGCCACUUUCCACCACUCGCCACCGGACUGUAGCAGUCAUCGGGCCCAAUUCCGCUGUCACCGUUACGAUGAUAGGAAAUUACGCCGGUGUUCCAUGUGCUUACACGACCCCGGUACAAGGCAUUGGGAAAUAUGCUAAGGUCAUUCACCAGGAUGGGUGCGCCGGCGUUGCCUGCAAUGACAACGGGAAUUUUGGAGCCGCGGAGAUUGCAGCCCGGCAUGCUGACGCUACUGUUUUGGUGAUGGGACUUGACCAAUCCAUUGAGGCAGAAUUCAGAGAUAGGGUGGGGCUGCUCUUGCCAGGACACCAACAAGAGCUUGUUUCAAGGGUGGCGAUGGCCUCCAAAGGCCCUACAGUGCUGGUGUUGAUGAGCGGCGGGCCUAUUGAUGUGUCUUUCGCUAAGAAUGAUCCGCGUAUCAGUGCCAUACUGUGGGCUGGCUAUCCUGGCCAGGCUGGCGGAGCUGCCAUUGCUGACAUUUUGUUUGGUAAAACCAGCCCAGGAGGAAAACUGCCGAUGACAUGGUACCCACAGGAGUACCUAGCGAAGGCGCCGAUGACAAACAUGAACAUGAGGGCAGACCCAUCAAGUGGCUACCCUGGCCGAACCUACCGGUUCUACAAGGGCCCUGUAGUGUUCCCUUUUGGCCACGGCUUGAGCUACACAAAAUUCUCCCACAAAAUAGCCCAAGCUUCGAAAGUGGUUUCACUACUCAUCACCAACCCCCGUGCCUUGACAAACUCGACGGAUGUCAUGGCCAGGUACACCAACUGCAACGCACAAUCACUAGAUCUUCACAUUGAUGUAAAGAACACAGGACUAUUGGAUGGGUCUCACACGCUUCUUGUAUUCUCAAUCCCUCCUACUGGGCGGAGCUCCGCCACCAAGCAAUUAGUAGGCUUUAGUAAACUUCAUUUAGCGGCAGGGUCUGAGCAACGUGUCAGGAUCGGCAUUCAUGUUUGCAAGCACCUCAGCAUCGUUGACGAAUUUGGAAAUCGAAGAAUUCCAAUGGGUGAACACAAACUUCAAAUAGGACAUAUUCAGCAUUCCAUUUCAGUCCUAGCAAAUCUACAUCAGAUCAAAUCUUAAUAAUCAUCAAAAGUCGGCGGCUAUAUUUCUUGCCCGGAACUCCUUUUCCGGUGAACCGCUAAGAAAAGAAAAAAACCCACCACAAUGUCCAAAAGUGGACAUGAUUUUAAGAUAAUAACAGAACAAGAAAGAACAGAGUCGGAUUUGGAAUAAUUAUCAGUUUUCUAAUUGUAAAAUAAAAGUUAGUCCUCAGUCGGUUUCCAUUUCUUAAGACAUAUAUGAUUGAAAAAAAAAAAAAAGGAAGACAUGUUUAAUAAAUUAAUAGCCUAGCCUAAGGUUGCCUUUGGCAAUCUUAAUUUGGUUUUAGGAUUUGAAUUUCAUGUAAAAAGAUUUGGAAUAUUGAGAAUCCUAUUAUUGGGAUCAUGUAUGCAAAUUGAAGUAUUUGAAAUUGUA